AUGCCCACCCCGGACCCAAUGGCCUCAAUCUCUGGCCCUCCAGCCUAUCCCGAAGGCUUGGCGUCGAGCAAUGAGAACUACUACACCGAGGCGGACAUGAGCGAUUCCAGCUUUGUCACGGCGCCUGAACAAGCGGCCUGUAGUGAGAAUGGUGAAAACGACCACACGAUUGACGGAGUCAAUGAAGAUACAGAGGUUACGAUCGAAUCCCCAACGUCUCGAGCAUUAUUGUCCCUCGGCGAUCACGUUGGACAUCAUGUCGGCUCAAUAGAUCAGUACUAUUCUUUUCCUACCGAGGGAUACGACGGAGACGACGAGCAUGUCGACGAACAAGAAAAUACGGCAGACGAAGAUUUGACUAGAGAUUCUUGCGCCAACCUCACAAUCAGCGACACGGCCAAUGACGACUUCUCUGGCGCGUCCCAGCAUUUGAUGAGUGUCCUGUCCUGGGAAGUGACCCCAUCAGACAUCGAAAUGUUGGAGAACGACAACUUGAAAGACCAGCGGAGAACCCGCAACCCGUGGCGAACUCUCGCACGCUUUCGCACAUCGAAGAAGACCACACGGUGCCGCUCGCACCGGGAAUUCCCAAUCCAGCGUCUUCCAGCCGAAUUAAUUAUAGCCAUCUCGCAGCACUUGCCUAUCGAAUCGACCGCCUGCCUGGCGUUGGCAUGUAAGGUAACCUACUCGGCCCUGGGGACGAGCUCGUUCAAGAUGCCGAAGUCCAACCGAUGGAAAUUUCUCCUCCUCAUCGAACACGAGAAGCAGAAUUCCUUCGCCUGCUUCGCAUGCCUCAAGCUCCAUCGACCUUCUCUCAAGUUGAUUGGGCGCAAGUACCUUGAGGAUCCAGAAUCUUGUCACGAAUACCUUUCUUGGGCUACGUUGGCAAAAAAGUCGACGAAUCGAUAUAUGAAGGCUGCGUCGCAUGUCAUCCCCAGAAUGGUGGACGGAAAUUUGUUGAUUCGACAGGAGAUUUACAUGCAUCCCUUCCACAAAGGCAAGAUUACGCCCUGCGAGGCCUGCACGCCAAAUUCGGAAGGCAUCUGUGGAGGCAAUAUCGAGGGCUGCAGAAAAUGUAGCACGGAUUUCUGCAUUUCGUCCCGUGAUGUCCUUGGGGUCGGGCAUUGCCUGGUACUCUCGUGCUGGAAGGACAUUGGCGGCGUUGGGCCAGGCCAGGCUGCUAAAUGGGACGACUUUGUCGUGCCGAGCCGCAAGCGGUGGAUAGAACCUGAUUGCAUGGAAGACCGUCGACCACAGAGCGAGGUGGGCCAGGUAUACAAGGCUUUUGAGAAUAUCGUCGGUGGCAAAGCUGGAAGUGGUGGAGAAACGAGCCCAUACCGCCCGCAGCCGGACUGGAAGAUGGUUCGUGACCUGACCCGCCGAGUACGCAAGACCUUUGAUUACGACGGCACUACUCACAGCAGGGAGGUGACGGAACUUGAGGAAGAUGACAGUGAUAGUCUGGGAUCCAGUACAGAUUUCUGA